UAAAAUCAUGUUUAAAGAUCGAAAAUUUUUUCAGCGCGCAUUCUAAUGAAUUUGUGAAUGUAAAUAUUGUAUAUGUAUAUUAUAUUAGAAAUAUCGACACUAAGAUUGGAACCCGUAUUUAUAAUCAAAUCUUAUAUUUAAUGCCUCUUUAAGUUACUUUCAAAUACUUUUCAGACAAUAAGAUGAUUUGUGGAGUAAUGAUAAAUACUUUGAAUAAAAGAUAUGGUUACAAGUAUGGGCAUUACUCGAAUAGUAUUGUCGAGUAAGGCUUAUAUUUAAUUAGUUAUAAUUUUUUUUAUUUUAUUAUGUCAUGCUCUAAACGUUUUAUAAAACUUGACUAUAGUUUUCUAUUCAAUAGCAGCACAAUUAAUUUUUUUUGCAUAUACUUCGUAUAAUGUCAAGAUGACAGAAUACAGAAAAUGACAAUACCUAUCUCUUUCGUAUCAAUCAAACGAAAGUUUGAAAGAAUGCAUUUAAGUUGCUGACUUCAAUGUUGCAAAUUUGAGGCUAGAUGUUUCCUUCAAAAUCAAACUUUAGUGUGGUUGUUCCAGAUUAUCCCUCUUGAGUGCAAUAAAUCGAGAUAUAUGACACAAGUGAAUGUAAUUUAAAGAGUUGUAAAAGACGGUAAUAAUUGUUAAAGUUCUUAUCUUCUUUUGAGCAUUGCAUCAUGUCUUACGGAGAUACUUUGAUCGAAGAGGAUGGUUUUGGAUUUGUGCCAAGAUCACCUGGUAUUACAUUGGAGAAACCACGCGAGAUCGUCAGAAGGUACACCUUGACAAAUAAACACAAAGCGAUCGUUCGUUUGAUAUCCUGGGGUGCCAGUAUUCAGUCAAUCAAAGUUCCUAAUCGAGAUGGUAAAUUGGCCGACGUUGUUUUAGGAUUCGAUGAUAUGAAUGGAUAUUUGAAGAACAGAUACAUGGGAAGCAUCAUUGGUCGCGUUGCCAAUUGCAUUUCUGGCGGUUUGAUGCAUCUCGACAACGUAAUUUAUCCUUUGUCGAUUAACGACGGGAUUGGAAAGGAUCGUUUCAAUGGCGGUACAGUCGCGUUCGACAAUACUAAUUGGCAAUCGCAGAUAGUGAACAAUCGAGUGGUACGAUGUAACUUAUUCUCUGAAAGUGAGCCGCAAAAUUGUUAAAAUUAUUGCUUGUUUUAUAUUGUGUUCCUUGACGAGGUGAUGUCGCAUUUGAGCCAAAGUUACAGCCAAGGAUAUCCCGGUGAUGUAUUAACGCAAAUUAAUUACAUUUGGACGGACGAUAACCAACUUCACAUUAACAUCCGUGCUACGUGCACAAGCUCAACUCCCGUCAACAUUACUAAUUACUGCUUGUUCAAUCUCGCCGGACACGGUACAGGGGCGAAAGAAUUGAAGAAACAUGUCCUCACCGUCAAUGCCGACAGUUGGAUCUUUAUGGACGUCAAGAAUAACUUGCCGACCAACUUUAUAUGUCCAGUGGAUGGUACGGCGUACGAGCUGCGUUUACCAGUGCAGUUGAAUCAACGUCGAUUAUUUGAUAUACCGGGUGGUGGUUACAACCACAAUCUAUGCAUCAACAGUCCCAGUUACAUGUGUUACCGUUUCCACGCUCGAAUUUUGCACCCUACUUCCGGACGAUUUUUGGAAGUUUACUCAAAUCAUCCUGCAUUACAAGUCUAUACGGGAAAUAAGUUGCCAGAUCAACGCGUUUAUCCUCCUGAUUUAGAAGAUCAUAAAUGGAAAACUCACAAGAAUGCACAGAUUAAUUCCUCGAAAUCGAUAAAGGAAAUCACGAAGAAAAUCGCAACGGAAGUUUAUGGUAAAGGAGGCAUUCCCUACCGCCGUCAUGGCGGAUUUGCUUUAUCGCCACAGAAUUGUACUGUUAAUUUUGAACACUUUCCAUCCUGCAUGCUGUAUCCCGGCAAGAUUUAUAUGCAUGAUAUGACGUACAAGUUUGGAGUGCUUUCUGAAGAGUAAAAUAUUUUUUAUUAUUUUUAAGUUAUUUUUCAAUAUUUUUUUAAAUGAAGAAUUUCAAAGAGAAAUAAG